AUGGCGAAGGACAAAUCGGUCAACCCGGUCGCCGCGCAGCACAAGGCGGACAAGCAGCGCGCGCUCAAGAAGAACAAGGCCAACGUGGCGGCGCAGCGCAACGACCGGCUGGCCAAGCGCAACCCGGAGCGGCUGCAGCGGCAGAUCGACGACCUCAAGGGCGCCGAGGAGCGCGGCGAGCCGCUGCGGCCCCGCGACCGCGAGACGCUGAACAACCUCGAGAAGGAGGUGCGCGCGAUCCGCAAGGCGCGCGAGGCGCUGGGCGACCGCGCCCCGACGUUUGGUGGCGGGGGUGGACGAGGAGGCAGAGAGGGCGGCGGUGGCGGCGGUGGCGGCGGCAGAGGGAGAGGGAGAGGUGGUGGUGGUGUGCUGGGGAAGAGGAGGAGGGAUGGCAGGGGGGGACAUGACGAUGACGGGAGCGAGAGCAGCGAGACGGACGAGGAUGUGAGGGAUAUACCCAUGCCGCGCGACACGCCGCCUCCGAUUCCGCGCAAGCCGCGGAGGGGCGGCGCACCGUCGUUGCAGGACGAAACGCCGGCGAGAGAUGGACCGCACCCGCUGCCUGCGAGGCCUGGGGCUGGCACGGCGGCGGCGGCGGCUGCGGCUGCGGCUGAAGCGAAGACGGUGUACAGCGCUGCCCCCAUACACCGCGACCUGCGGAAGGAGGCCACCUCGCGCUUCGUACCCGCGGCUGUGGCCCAAAAGCUGGCGGCGGCGAAGGGACAGACUCCGGGGAAGUUGCUCGAGCCGGAGGAGCUGGAUAGGCUCGAGAAGCAGGGCUACGGGCAGAAGAAGGCUGAGACGGCUCAGGCGGGAAUGCGGGAUGCGGAACAAGCGGCUGAAGCAGCUGUGGAAGAGGCAGAGUACAGAAUGAUGAACGCAGAGGCAACAGCUGGAGAGGAUGUGGAUAUUGACGAGGAAGCGGCGAGGUUUGAGCGGGAAUUAAAACAAGUGGAGAUGGAGGAGGUAGAGGAUGAAGCAUUUGCGGACUAG